GCUCCAAUUGGCUGCCGGACGAAAUUCCAUUUUAUUUGCUCCAUAAGACCAGUGUUCUUCUGUCUGUUGACAAAUACGGUGCAAUUAUAAUCAUAGAUAGUGGAAUACGGAAAAUAACUCAAGUUUAGUGUUAGAUUUAAAUUUUUUUAAAUUAACAAAUCAAAUGUUACAGAAUCGUGGGUUAUUACAAAGAAACUAUUUUAUAAACAAGUGAUACAUAAUCCGGUAAUGAAUUGUUUAAGAUGAACGCGCUUUCAAUAACAUAACACGUAACCGUUAACCAUAAUAAAAAAUUAUUCUUUACCAUUAUUAAUGUAACUUGAUUUCAUAUCCAUACAGCCGUGAACAUGAAUACCACAGUUAAUGAUUAUAUUUUAAUUACUAAUUAAUUUUGCUAGUGUUAAUUGUGAUAUAAGUAGUCAACGGUCUGUAAAUUAUUAUGACCGACAUUAAAGGAACGCUAAGUGCAAGUGUGAAAUAAGACUUUGGGAUUUAGUGCGAAAUUAUUGUCAGAAGUGUAACAUGUGUUAGAGGAGUUAAUAAGAAGUUAUAAAUUCUGUGUUCAUAUUAUCAGUUGCUCAUUAUGAGCGCUGCUAAAGGCUACAGGAAGGUUAAGAAUAGAAAUCGCAUUAUGAUAUCAACCAUGGUGCACUGGACAAAGCUGGACACUCUGUUCGGACGUCCUCGUAAAGGAGCAAACAACUCCCCUCGGCCUCACUCGGAUUUGGGGCUGCCCGGCGGUGGCAAUGGUUUCCACGGUGGAGCAGGUCCAGGGGGAGUCGCAAAUGCAGGAGGCGAUAAGGCCGGCGGCUACGGAGGCGCCACGAGCAAUCACAACGAGGGUGGACACAGUAAUAGAUCCGCCGAGAUAGCAGCCCUCAGUCAGAAAGAACUGGAGGUUCGCUUCGAGGCACUUCUGAAUGAUAUGAAUUUAUCAGAGGCCAAAAAGACUCCGCUGUUAAAUAUGCCCGACGAUUACAAACGCAAAAUGUUGGUAAUGCACUUGAAAGGUGCUUCAGAUGAAUACCGUCCACAUUCCAAAUUCGACAAAGCUCACGAUUAUAUAAAUUAUUUAGCACAACCAGAAUUAAGUCUGAAUAAAACGCAUGCGUGCGUUGAAAGUUUAAGAAUCGCUCUGACGAACAAUCCCUUAAGCUGGGUACAAGACUUCGGAACAAAAGGUUUGCAACAGCUGCUUGAAACGCUGAACGAAUGCUACAGGAAAAAUGAUAGUUCUUAUGAUAGAGUACAAUAUGAAUGUAUAAGAUGUAUUUCGGCUAUUAUGAACAAUACAGUAGGAAUAAAAGAGGUUUUUGCACAAGCUGAUACGCUGCCCAUCGUCGCUAGAAGUUUAGAUACGCGUAAACCUCAGGUCAUGUGCGAAGCAGUGAAGGUGUUAGCCGCCACAUGUCUCAUACCGCCGGACGGUCACGAAAAAGUGUUGGAGGCCAUCACGAUGCACGCGGAAGCCACGGGAGCCUGCAGAUUCUUGCCGGUUGUUAAAGCGUUGUCCAUGAGGAAACACGAGUCAUUAAGGGUAGCGUGUCUACAAUUAAUAAAUGCCAUAGUUACGAGUCCGGAUGAUCUUGAUUUUCGGUUGCAUUUGCGAAAUGAAAUUUUAAGAAUGGGCCUCAUAGACAUAUUAGAUACAUUAAAAGCUGAUGCUUCUGAUUUGCUGAUUGUGCAAAUAAAUGUAUUUGAUCAACACCGGGAGGAAGACUAUGAGGAAUUUGUGACUAGAUUCGAUAAUGUCAGGGUGGAAUUGGAUGAUAUAAAUGAGUGCUUCGAAAUGAUAAAGAAUUUAACAAUUGAUUCGCCUGCUGAACCAUUUUUCUUAUCAAUUUUGCAACAUUUACUUUAUAUACGAGACGAUCCUUACGCCAAACCACAGUAUUACAAAUUGAUAGAAGAAUGUGUUACUCAAAUAGUAUUACAUAAAGCAGGUCAUGAUCCUGAUUUUAGGGCUACCAAGCGAUUUAAUAUUGAUGUAGCUCCAGUUAUAGAUACUCUAAUUGAAAGAUCCCAAGCGGAAGACACAAAACGAGCUGAGGAAUUGAAUCAAAAAUUGGAGGAACUUAUCCAGUCGAAACAAGAAGCUGAUGCUAAAGUUUUACAUCUUGAGGAGCAAUUGCGGAAACUACAAAACUCGGGUGCCUCGACGAAGAAUUCCAUCAUGGGAUCACUCGGUCCUCCGCCGCCACCCAUGCCAGGAAGUGCAGGUUCUGGAGGUGGUGGCCCCCCACCGCCACCACCAUUACCUGGCGGAGGCGGACCACCACCACCACCUAUGCCAGGAAUGUGUGGACCACCUCCACCGCCUAUGCCAGGAGCUGGAGGUGGUGGGCCACCACCUCCGCCUAUGCCUGGCAUGGGAGGUCCUCCACCUCCACCGCCACCAGGUAUGGGCCGUGGUCCUCCACCACCACCUGGAAUGAUGGCUCCAAUGAUGCCGCAGCCAGAUGUUCUGCCACAUGGUUUGAAACCUAAAAAGAAGUGGGAGGUACAAGGACCAAUCAAACGUGCAAACUGGAAAACUAUUGUUCCACAAAAGAUGACUGCUAAAUCAUUCUGGGUAAAGGUUCAAGAGGACAAACUCGCUUCCCCUGAUAUUCUAACUGGACUUGCAAGUCGGUUCAGUACAAAACCCACGAAAAAUAACGACGUUUGCGACAAGCCUGCUGCUACAAAGAAAUCAGUUGUUGAUUUACGGGUAUUGGAUGGAAAAUCUGCACAAAAUAUUUCGAUUUUGUUAGGAGGCUCACUCAAACAUCUAAAACAUGAAGAAGUGAAGAAAUGUCUGCUGAGAUGUGAUACCCAAGUUUUGACACAGAAUGUCUUACAACAAUUAAUACAGUAUUUACCACCAGUAGAACAGUUGAAGAAAUUAGAGGAAAUAUAUUUACGAAAAGAACAACUGAGCACACCGGAAAGGUUUUGUGCAAUUUUAGCUGGUGUCAAGAGGCUUUUGCCAAGGCUUAAUUCCUUAGUAUUUAUGUUGAAAUUUGAUGAACUAGUUCAAGACUGUAAACCGCAUAUCGUGGCUGGUACUGCAGCUUGUGAAGAAAUAAGGUCAAGUAAAAAGUUUUCGAAAAUUUUAGAAUUAGUUUUAUUACUUGGAAACUACAUGAAUAGUGGCACAAGAAAUGCUCAAGCUUUUGGAUUUGAAAUUAGUUUCUUAACUAAGUUGUCAGCAACAAAAGAUUUAGAAAAUAAACAUACACUUCUACACUACCUAGUUGAAACAAUUGAAAAGAUUCCUGAAGUAUUGACAUUCGGCGAGGAACUAGAUCACGUAGAUAGGGCAUCACGAGUAAGUGUGGAUACUGUUCAAAAAACAUUACGACAGAUGGAUAAUGCACUGAAAAAUUUACAAAGUGAUCUAAAUAAUAAUAAAGUUCCGCAAGGUGAAGAUGAUCGAUUCACAGAAAUUAUGGGGUCUUUUUCAUCCGAAUCGAGACAACAAGUUGAUAUCUUGAUCAGCAUGCACAAGAAAAUGGAAGCCCUUUACAAGGAUGUUGCCGAAUUCUAUGCUUUUGAUCCUGUUAAGUAUUCACUGGAUGAAUUCUUCACGGACAUCAAAACAUUCAAGGAUGAUUUUAAUCAAGCGCACCAAGAUAAUUUACGUACUAGGGAAGCGGAAGAAAAGGCUAGAAAGGCUAAAGAAAGUAAAGACAAAGCUGAGAAAGAAAAGAGUGAGCGGGCUCAACGCAAGAGGCAGCUUGUUGAUAUGAAUGCUAUUAAUGCACAAGAAGGUGUUAUGGACAGUUUAUUAGAAGCCUUACAAACUGGUUCUGCCUUUAGUCGUGAAGUAAGAAGGAAAAAGGGCCCUAGAGCUGCUGGAGCCGAAAGACGUGCACAACUAAAUCGGAGUAGAAGUCGAACAGGCUUAGCAGUUAGCGGUUUGUCAGGAAGAGAAUUAUCAAGUGAACUGCUAGCGGCUUGAUGAGAUAUACUUAAUGGGUAAAACUUAACUUUAGUGAUCGUCCUAAAGCACUUUGAUUGACUGUGAACUAUAUAAUUUUAAUAACACUAUACAUAGGCAUACACAUAUAUUUACAUUAUUAAUUAUACCAUAUACAUAUAAACAUAUGUAUAUUUGUAAUUAGCCUUUGGAUGUUACGAUAUUUUUAGAUGAGUUAUUUAAUUAUGUAUUUUUAUAAGGUUUGUUAUUACGUUU